AUGGCCUACGCUGGUAGCAUCCUCACCGAUCGGCACGGAGUGCCGCAGUAUAGCGGCGAGGCAGAGCUUUUUGAAGAAUAUGAAGAACGAGCUUGGGAUUUGUUCCACGGCCGUGAAGGCCAGGACGCACUUCAGAUCGCCACCCCUGUCCAUCUUCGAGCAGGUCUUUCCGGCGCAGCCUAUGAGUCGGUCCGGAAGCUAGAGCAUCCAAAGCUGAAGACGAAAACCUCAGAGGGAAAACCAACGGAUGCCGGGAUGAAGUUGUUCAUCCAAACGCUGAAGGACAGCAUAGCAGCCGAGCUCCCCGUCAAGACGAGUGAACUGUUCUUCCAAGCCUUCUACUCCCCGAAUGUCUGGAGGAAGAACAACGAGACGAUGCAGCAGUACAUCGUUCGACGGGAGCAGGACUUUCGAAGGUUGGAGGAGAAUGCGACUGGAACCUCCGUCCCUGAGCAGAUCCGGGCGAUGAUGCUCCUAUGUUUUGGAGGCCUGGAUCCCAAGGAACAGACAAGCAUCCUGAGUUCCUGCAACAACACGUACGAGUUCCAGAAGAUCGCACACGCGAUGAGGAUCCAGUACCCCAACUCUGCCGGCAAGCCCGUGAUCCGACGAGAUUAUCUUGGUGCACGCAGCUCAGGCCAACCUCUCCAGUCACAGCACUUCCGGGCCAAGUGGCGAGGCAGGCUCGACCAUAAGACCAGACAGGUCCUGGCAGUCGAGGAUGAACCUGACUUCACCCCUGCAGAUGAGGACGCAUACUACGAGGACGAUGAGGAGUACCAGGUCGCUGAUGAUGAAGAAGCGUUCCAAGGGUACAGUGAUGAUGAACUCAUGGAUGCUCUGUUGAGCGAGUUCCCUGACUUCGAAGAAGAUCCUCACGUCGCAGAAGCCUUUGCAACUGUGGCUCAACACCGCUUCAAUAAGAAGAAGAAGUUUGGUGGAAGGCCUACCCCCUCAUCGAGCCCUACUACAAGUGCUGGACAACAACUUGGCUUCACAGCCAAGGGAGAGAUGAGCUUCUCCGAGAAAGCUCGUGACCAGCGGCGCACUGCCGUCAAGUUCCUCAAGUCAGUGACACCUUGCACAGUCUGCCAUCAGAAGGGUCACUGGGCCGGUGAUGCUGAGUGUCCUGCAUCCCGGAAAGGCAAGGGAAAAGGGAAGGGGAAGCCAUCGGCAAAGAAGAAACCCCAAAAGGUGGCAACCACCCUGUUCGUCUCUCAUGGCCAUGAACCUGAGGACAACCCUGCCGAGGAGACUGCACUUUGCGCUGAAGCUGAGCCUCAGGAGUGCUACAUCUCGGAACCCGUCACCGCUCCUGAGGACAAUGACCCCGCACAGAAUUCGUACGACCCUGCCGGUUUCUUUGUCCCUGAGAUUGAGUCGCUCCCUGACACUUCCUAUGGCAUGUACCUCUUGGCUCACUACACCAUGAACUCCAAGAAGGUUGCCGAGGUGUCCCGCGUGAAGAUCGACUAUGGAAACCAGCCGGUCAAGCGUCGCUCAAAAGUCGCCUUCAGCCACGUUUGCGAUGAGUCUGAAGAGGACGAAGGUGAGUCAUUGAUGACACUUCAUUGCCCAAAGCUAUGUGAACACUCCAGCUACACCGGUGGCUCCGAGAGGAAAUACCACCGAGGUGCCAAUGGCCACACUCGUCACGUGACCUGCAAGGAGUCUGAAUGCAACAAGACUGUUAUCGUUGGCCACCGAAAAGAAGCUGUUGAACUCUGGGGCUACUUCAUCCAGAUCCUCAUGUGCACCAAGUGGGGGCAAGAAGCUAGGUCAGCUGGACUGUUCCGUCGAGUUGGACAAGUUCGUGAUGAGUAUGAUCAAGAAGUUCGCCGUGACAAGGCACUGACCAUGGCGCCCUCAGCACCUGCAGCAGCUUCCAUUGCCAGAAGGACAACAAGAAAGACUGCUGGCCCGAUCCCUGACUCACCGCAUGAUGAUGGCUGGUCUCUUUGCGAUGGUGCCUCUGGUGGCUAUCCUUCGCCAUCCUCACCAUCAAGCAACGCAACUUCUGCUCCGAGAGUUGCCAAGAUUGUCCGAGCCACUCGACAGCGUGUCUGGCUCUAUGGCAUUAUGAUUGCACCCGAUGUUGAUCUACCACCUCUACCUGAGUUGGCUUCAGAGGACAUGGACAUCCUUCAGCCAUUGCCACAUGAUGAAGAACAGAUCAACGACGGUGGCCCCUUUCAAGGUCACUACUUUCGCGAUGUGGCAGAGUCUCUUGCCUCCGAGGGCUACUGCAAGUCCGUGAUGGGACAUGUUCUCCGCAACGAGCCAAGCGGCCCAGAGAUUUUCCGAUUUGCCUUCUACCUCUAUGGCCGACUUCGACUCGUCAAGGCAUCAGCUGAGCGGAUGACCAAACCGUCAAAAGAAGAAGGUGAAGCCAAGGGAAAGAGGUCAACUGACCCAGAUGACAUGAAGGCCGUCCGCAAGAUCCUCGCUCCCCUGCAGUAUGACAUCGACGAUGGCAACACCGUGAAUGUCCAUGAGUGUGAGGUGAUGAUGGUCUCUCCGGAUGAGGAGAGUUAUGCACUGUCCGCUGAAGAUCCUCCAGGACUCGCCAUCUUGGACUCCGGCUGCACGAGGACAAUGCACGGCAAGUCUUGGGCCGAGCAAAUGGAGAAGGAACUCGUGAGCCGUGGCCUUUCCUCUUCCAAGCGCGUCAAGAACCAGAUCUUCAGAGGCAUUGGCGGCAAGAUUGAGUCAAAACAUGUCCGAGUUUUCCCAGUCGGCAUCUACAAGGUCCAUGGAGAGAUCCACAGCGCAGAGACUCCAGGCAAUACUCCACUCUUGCUCAGUCGCCCCUUCAUGGAAGAGCUUGGAGCUGUGAUCAAUUUGGCCGACCAGACGAUCUCCUUCCUCAAGGUCAACGUCCACAACAAGCCACUGCUGAAGACAGCAAAAGGGCAUCUUGCCUUGAACCUCCUCGACUUCAAUGAGGAGAAGCUGGACGAGUUCGUCAGCGAUGAUGAAGAUCAGCACGGAACUGAAUCCACUACUGCUCAACAUCAUGUUCAGCAUCCCCCGGGUUUGGCGGAGGAGGCCAGCCCGACUGAAGAAGAAAUCCGUGCAUUCGAGAAAGAAGUCCUCGCUGACUAUGACUACCCUCGCGACUAUGGUGGCCAGAAUCCUGAUGAUGUCCAUGACCACGAAGACUGGACCGCUUCUCUCCGAGAAGACGUCAAGGAGUACCUCGAUCCUGAUGGCAACUCCCAUGACUGCCAUUUCGUCUGCGAGGAUGAGUCCCUCUUUGCUUCCAUCGCCAAGGACGAGUACAUCACUCGAAAGACGACCAACAAGAAAUGGAAGCGAAUCUGCGGUAUGGAGGCUGCACUACAAGGAGAAGAUUUUCUUCACCGUCGUGCCAUCCAAGGUCAACCUCACAAGGUUCCUCGACGACCACCUUCAGGUCGAGUCUGGCUCAAACAACUCUUUGCUGGACAGAUGGGACUGACCAUGAUGGCAGUGCUCCUUGGACUGACGUGCGGUGUGCCUCUUGAUUUCACUGCAAAUGAGUGGGACGCCACUACUUCAAAAGGUCGCAAGCAGCUCCACCACGAUCUCAUCCAAGAGGACCCCUAUUUGCUGGUGAUCACACACCCCUGUGGCCCGUGGGGAAAUUGGAGUCGUUUCAAUUUGGCAAAAGGUGGAACAGCCGCAGUCACCAUCGAGCAUCUUCGAGCUGAAGGUCGUGAAGUGCUCAAGACUGUCAACAAGACCGUGAAAGACCGCAUCAAGGCCCAACGGCAUGUGUUUUUGGAACAGCCACUCGGCUCACAGAGUCUUGAAGAACCUGAAAUGGCCGAUGUCCGCCGACUACUUGAUGAAGGCAGCCUCAUGUUCAUCAAGGUUGAUGGCUGCAUGGUUGGCUACAAGGACUCUGAAUCAGGUCUCCCACACAAGAAACCUAGCUACUAUGUGACGAGCUUGGUGUCUGCUGAAACACUGUUUUCCACAUGUCACUGUGAUGGUUCACACCAGCAUGAGAUCCUCGAAGGUGCCAACAAGUUUGGAAGUCGCACUGCUCAAGCUUCCGUUUGGCCCCAUCAGUUGAAUGAGAUGGUGAUCACAGCAAUGCUGCAACAACGUGAGAUCGAAACAACUGCUUUCCGAGGUGUUCAUGAAGCAUUCCCUGCAGAAGCUCCUUCCACUCCAGCAAGCGCACCUCAGCAAAAGAGGCGAAAACCAAGACGAGGCAAGCAGGCAAUCCUCAUGGACCAGUUUGCUGCACCUCCCGUCUAUAUUCGACCUCAAGCACUACCUGAGUUGUUGGAUGAAGAUCCUGAUGUCCCUGAGGACGAGGAUGCACCUCCGCUUGAAGAUCAAGAAUAUCGAGCUCACGUCGCUGCAGGACUAGAUCCCGCUUUGAGCAUAUCAGAAGCCCAACGUCGUCAAGAAUGGCUUCAAGUGAACCCAGAGCUCCGAAGAGUUUUGCGAGUCCUCCACGUGAACUUUGGUCAUCCGACAAACACCACGUUGCUCAGGAUCCUCAGGAGGCAACAAGCUCGACCUGAAGCCCUGAGAGCAGCUGCACUGCUUUCUUGCGACUCCUGUGGUGAGAGCAUACGUCGCCGACGACCUAAACCAGUACGACUCCCUGGCGACUACACCUUCAAUGCCCACCUGUCGCUCGAUGUGUUCUACUGCAGAGAUGCUGAGAACAAGCAAUUUUCCUUUUUGAACAUCAUCGAUGAGGGCACAUCUUUCCAAGUGGUCACUUGCCUCGGUGAAUCUCAAGGACCACCAGCUUCACGUGCCGUGCUCCGUCAUUUCCUUACUGCAUGGUCAUCUUGGGCAGGUCUUCCUAGAUCCAUCCAGGUGGACCGAGGACGUGAGUUUCUUGCCCACUUCGCCGACUACUUGAAGCAGUUCGGAGUCGAACAGGAGGUCAUGCCACUUGAGGCGCCUUGGAAACAAGGCAAGGUCGAGAAGGCCGGCGGCAUUUGGAAAGAGCUCAUGAAGAAGGUAGUUCACGAAAGCCAAAUCACUGGACUCCAAGACAUGAUCAUCGCCACUGCCAUCGUCACUCAGAUCAGGAACGCACACCCCAGAGCAAAUGGCUAUGCUCCAAAUCAAUGGGUGCUUGGCAUUCCAGAAGUCAGAAUUCCUGGCAGUUUGAGGAUUGAUGAUGAUCAAGAACGGCUUGAACUUCUCGAAGCAGCUGACAACCCUCAAUCGGCUAUGGCAAGAAACCUGGCUCUGCGAGAGACAGCUCGAAUCUGCCAGAUCAAGUUGGACACCGACAGCCGUGUGAGAAGGGCAUUGCUGCAUCAGUCAACACCCACUCGUGGUCCAUUUCCAAUCGGUGCCUAUGUCUACUUCCUCCGUCAACAACAAGGUGCCGACAGCAGAGGAUUCAAAUGGUAUGGUCCAGCAAGAGUGAUUGGCGUUGAGAUGAGAAAUCAAAAGAGAGGUCAAGAAGAUGAGAUUCCCACCGGCGGAGGACAACCUCAUUCCUAUUGGGUACGCUAUGGCCCAUCAGUUGUCCUGGUGACUGGCGAGCAACUUCGUUUUGCAAGUGAAGAUGAGUUGGUUGCUGCCCACGUCGUGCCACAAAGCGUUCUGGAACCAGAGUACACCAAAGGUGCCCGGAACUAUGUCGACCUCCGGCAUCAUGCUAUCCCAAUGAUUGAGCCUGGUCCAGAUGAACAAGAACAACUUGAGGAUGAGGAACUUCAUGAACCACAUCAGUCAGGUCCAAUUCCAUUGCCACUUCCAGCAGCCGCAGCAGAGUCACCGUCACUGCCAUCAGGCAUUAAGAGAGCAGAGGCCAUCGGAUCCACAGAUCCUAUCUCUCCAACAAGAAGCACAAGACCCAGAACAGGUCCAUCACCCACUGAUCAUUCCAGUGGAGCUUUGCCACCAGUCCCAGAAGAUGAUGACCUGGAAGAGCCAGUGCCUGGCCACUCCUUUACACAUGUGCCUGAGACACCUCCGGUGCAAUCUGCUGGACAAGGGCAUGGAGAUCUCCAACAUGCCAUGCAGACUCCAGACAGGCUUGACGGACAUCCACUACCGCCACAGCCUGGACCUGUGAGAGCAUCUCGAGGACACACACUCCAAGGUCCAUACUAUGUUGAAGAUGGCACUCCAAAUGUCUUCCCGGACCUCAACACUGCUGUACGGAACCUCAGAUUGCUCCGCAUGGCUGGUGACAUCAGCAAUGACAGCGAAACUGAAGAUGAUGAAGCGAUUGAUGAUGUCUCGCACCACAACCUCAAGAAUGACGUGCUGCAGAAUGAUUCCUACCUCACUGGAGCAGCAGUCCGAACUGAGGUGAACAUCUUUGAGCUGCCGCCUGAGGACAGACUGAAGUUUGACGCAGCUAUGGCAAAAGAAUGGGCAUCCUGGCAAAAGUUCAGCGCUGUUGAAGUUCUCACUGAAGAGCAGGUUGAAGCGCUGCCCGGUGAUACCAAGAUCAUCGGAACAAGAUGGGUUCAUGUCGACAAGAACAAGAAGCCCAGACUGCUCGCCGCUGCUAUGUCAAAGAAGACAAAGAAAACCAAAGAACAGAUCCAAAAGGAGUUUCCCUUCGAAGCAAAGUCUCGCAUCGUCGUUCAAGGACAUCAAGAAGAAGAGACUGGGAUCCGUUCUGAUUCGCCCACAGCCUCGUUGCUUGCAUUCAACCUCAUUUGCUCCAUCUCCGUCUUGCAAGGUUGGCCAUUGGUUGCGUGCGAUGCCUCGACAGCCUACUUGCAGUCAAAGGGGAUCAGCCGCUUGCUGAUUCUCAGGCCACCUCGGCCGCCUCCACCUGGCAUACUGCCAACCGAUCUCCUUCGUGCCAAGGGCUCCAUCUAUGGCACAAGAGAUGCUGGAAGGUCAUGGUGGAAGAAGCUCUUCAAUGCCGUCAAGGCCCAAGGAUGGAAGAUGUCAAGCAUUGAGCAAGCCUUGUUUUACCUUUUUGUGGAUGGUUCUCUCUCCGGCAUCAUGGCUUCACACGUUGAUGACCUCUUCUGCACUGGAACCGGCGAGAAGUUCUUCGAAACGAUCAAGAUCCUCGAGAAGGAGAUCCACCUAAAGGUGAAGCAGGACGACUUCAGGUUCUGUGGAAAGAACGUCAAGCGCGUUGAUGGACGCAUUGAGCUUGACCAGUUUGAUGCCAUUGAAAGCAUCGAGUACAUCGUCCUGAAGAAAGAAAGGAGAACAACACCGAACGCCCCGCUCACUGAAGAGGAGAAGUCCGAGUUCAGGGGACUCAUUGGCUCCAUGGGUUGGGUGACCCGACAGACUCGUCCCGACCUCCUUGUCAACGUGAGCCUUGCAUCCCAGACCAUGGGAAAGCCUACCAUUCAGAACAUCAUUGACUUGAACAAGGCGGUGAAGAUGAUGAAAGAAACUUCAGAAGCGAAGUACAUCUUCAACCCCAACGAGAGGUUGACUUGGGACAACGUCAUUGUCUGCGUCUUCGCGGACAGUAGCUUUGCAAAUGUUGAGAUGAAGUCGCAAUGUGGCUACAUCAUCGGCCUCACCAUCCCCGAGAUCGCAAGUGGAGAAGAAGUUCCACUUUUGCUCCUGGAAACCUAUUCAGGAAGCAUCAAGAGGGUCUGCAGAUCAACGCUUGCUGCAGAGGCAAACGCCUUCCUGAUGGGCUCCGAAGCUGGUGACUAUGUCAGGUCACUGAUCCUGGAGAUGAAGCAUCCAGAGCUCUCCCUCAGCGACAUCGAGAAGGAGAUGGCUCGCCCUUUGAUGAUUGCCAUCACGGAUGCCAAAUCCCUCGAAAGUACGAUCACAAAAGAUGCAGGGCAACCGACCGACAAGAGAGUGAAGAUCCUAGUUUCCCAGGUGAAAGAGAUCCUCGGCUACACCAACUACGAUGACCAUAACGAGCAGGCCAUCUGGUGUGACACGGCACAGAUGUUAGCCGAUGUGCUGACGAAAGCUGGCUGUGAACGUGAGCCGAUCCUCCAAGCCAUGGCAACGAGCAUGUGGCGACUCCGGCCCAGCGAAGAAGCUUUUGCCAGAAAGAUGGCGAUUCGAGCUGGGCGUCAUCGACGCAAGGCCGUGAAACGGUCAGAGACAGAUGCUGCCUCCAAAGCUAAGGAGGGGUCUGAAACAUCCAUGCAGGACAAGCAUAGCAGGUAA